GGUUCUGGGCAGGUGCCCACAGCCUGCCCCAACCCCGGCCAGGCCCAGGGCAGCUCUGAAGGAGUGGGAUUUGUGCCCUCAGGCGGGACAGAGAGAAGGGUUUGAGGGCGCAGAGGGGAAGGAGGCUGGAGUGUCCAUGCACCCCAGACAGGACAGACUGGCCGAGGGGGCUGGAGACGGCCACCCCCCAUCUCCUGGGGCCACCUGAGAGCCCCCAGACCCCCGGCCUCUGGCCUGGGCCUCAAGGGCACAGCCCUGCCCACUCGCCAGCCCCUGGUACCUGAGCUAACCUGAGCCUUGCGCAAGGUCUCUCUCCCAGCCCGCCCUUCGCCUCCUGCUGCCCCCAGCUUCUCAGCCAGUGUAACCAUUCUCAGGCCCCUGUCCUGGGCCCCCUGGCUCACAAGGCAUAGUGCCCACAGCAACCUGCCCACCAGGCCCUGUCCAGGCCACCAGGUUGUGAGGGUCAGAGGUUCGCGUGAGAUUUUGGAAUGGCUUCCCAAGGCUCUGCCUGAGCCCAGGGCUGGAGGCCACAUCCCACAGGGCCUGCCAGGCCUUUGCCUCCCCUUGCUCCGGGGCAUCCGGCCCCCUCCCCAGGAAGGAUGGGCGGGGCCUGGUGGGGGCCACUGGGCCAGGGUGCUCCAGGCGGGCAGGCUAGUGCUCCAGGGAGCAACCUGAUCGGAGCCUAUCACAGUGGGGUCUGUCCCAGGCGGCCAGGCCAGUGCUCCAGGGAGCAACCUGAUCGGAGCCUAUCAUCAGAGGGGGCAUGUCCCAGGCGGGCAGGCCAGCGCCCCAGGGCAUCUCAGGGGCAUAAAGGCACAGUGGGAGAGGCCACCCCAACCCUCCUGUCCUGCUCCCGAGCCCCGUGCCAUUGACAACACCUUCCAGGAUGCUGCAGACGCUGCUGAUCAGCGGGACCCUCGCCCUACUCGCUGCAGCCCCAGGCCAGGCCCAGGUCCCCAUCCAGGCUGACUUUGAUGCCAGCCAGUUCCAGGGCCCCUGGUAUGUGGUUGGGGCGGUGUCGGACGACCAGAGCUUCCUGGAUGCCAAGGACAACAUGAAGAUGCCCGUGGUCUUGGUGACCUCCUUGGCCAACGGCAACCUGGGCAUCAAGUUUGGGUUCCCCACGCCUGAUGGCAGGUGCCAGGAGACGGACAGCACCUUCACCAAGGGGGCCGUGGACGGGCAGUUCAGCAACGCGGCUAUGGCCCAGACCGACAUCAGGGUGGCUUUCACGGACUACAAGCACUUCGCCGUCAUGUACUUCGAGACUCAGAAGGGGGGUGUAAAGAAUGUCUGGCUGCAGCUCUACGCCCGGGCCCCAGAGCUGUUUCCUGAAGGAGCCCAGAGGAUGCAGCAGCUGGCAUCCAAAGUGGGCCUGAACCCCAGCCAGGGCGUCCUGCUGCCCAAGUCAGAGCAGUGCGCGGAGGUCCUGGCCUAGGUGAGCGCGGGCCGGCCUGGACCACAGCCGCCCAGCGCCCCGCAGACCCGGGAGGCCCCGCCCACACAUCCUGGAGGCCCCGCCCAUCCUGGAGGCCCCGCCCGCGGGGCGGGAGGGGCGCGAGCCCCACCCCAGCGGGGACCCAGCGCAGGAGCUGGAGCCGGCGGUGUUGGCGGUGCCCGCGGCCCAGCCCUCGAGGAGCGGCUGCCUCUCCACCCCACCCCCAGCACAAUAAAGAGUCUCCACAAGCCGG